CAAUGUUGGAGGAUGCCGAUGAAGGUGGAAUAAAACUUUGGCACCUGGUAAAACCAACAGAAGAGCCGGAGCUCCCCAAGCACCGCCGAGGGAGCUUGCGAGACAGGGAACGAGCCAAGGCAAUCCCGGAGAUCUACCUGACACGUCUGCUCUCCAUGAAGGGGACCCUGCAGAAGUUUGUGGAUGACUUGUUCCAGGUGAUCCUCAGUACCAACCGCCCCGUCCCUCUGGCUGUCAAAUACUUCUUUGACCUGCUGGAUGAGCAGGCAAUACAUUACGGGAUCGCAGACCCCGAGACCAUCCAUAUCUGGAAGACCAACAGCCUACCCCUGCGCUUCUGGAUCAACAUCAUUAAGAACCCUCAGUUUGUCUUUGAUGUGCAGACGUCGGAUAAUGUCGAUGCUGUGCUCCUGGUCAUUGCACAGACCUUCAUGGACUCCUGUACAAUUGCUGACCAUAAGCUGGGGAGG